UCCCAAACAAUGUUUAACGUCAAUGCACUUGGAGUCUACGUUUGGGAAACUCUAGUAUUCUUCAGCCUGGCAGCUUCCAAAGAAGCCGAAGCAGCAGCACGGUCUGCUUCCAAACCCAUGUCCCCCUCGGAUUUCCUGGAUAAGUUGAUGGGCAGAACCUCAGGAUACGAUGCCAGAAUCAGGCCAAAUUUUAAAGGCCCUGCAGUAAACGUCAGCUGCAACAUUUUCAUCAACAGCUUUGGUUCUAUUGCAGAAACGACUAUGGACUACAGGGUGAACAUCUUUUUGCGGCAGCAGUGGAACGACCCGCGGCUGGCAUACAACGAGUACCCCGAUGACUCUCUGGAUUUGGACCCCUCCAUGUUGGAUUCCAUCUGGAAGCCUGACUUGUUCUUUGCCAACGAGAAGGGGGCCCAUUUCCACGAGAUCACCACAGACAACAAACUUUUGCGCAUUUCCAGAAACGGCAACGUCCUCUACAGUAUCAGGAUUACACUAACGCUGGCUUGUCCCAUGGAUCUGAAGAACUUCCCCAUGGACGUGCAGACGUGCAUCAUGCAGUUAGAGAGCUUUGGCUACACAAUGAACGAUCUGAUAUUUGAAUGGCAAGAGAAAGGAGCUGUGCAGGUUGCUGAUGGAUUAACCUUGCCUCAGUUUAUCCUGAAGGAAGAAAAAGAUUUGCGAUACUGCACCAAGCAUUACAACACAGGCAAGUUCACCUGCAUAGAAGCACGUUUCCACCUGGAGCGACAGAUGGGCUACUACCUGAUCCAGAUGUAUAUCCCCAGCCUUCUGAUAGUCAUCCUGUCUUGGAUCUCCUUCUGGAUCAACAUGGAUGCUGCGCCUGCCCGUGUUGGCCUGGGCAUCACCACUGUGCUCACUAUGACCACCCAGAGCUCUGGUUCCCGAGCAUCAUUGCCCAAGGUGUCCUACGUUAAGGCCAUAGACAUCUGGAUGGCUGUGUGCUUGCUGUUCGUGUUCUCGGCUCUUCUGGAGUAUGCCGCUGUCAACUUUGUGUCCCGGCAGCACAAAGAGCUGCUCAGAUUCAGAAGGAAGAGGAGGCACCACAAGGAGGAUGAAGCCGGAGAAGGCAGAUUUAACUUCUCUGCCUAUGGGAUGGGCCCUGCCUGCCUGCAAGCCAAGGACGGCAUCUCGGUCAAAGGAGCCAACAACAACAACACAGCCAACCCGGCCCCGGCCGCCUGCAGGUCUCCCGACGAGAUGCGCAAGCUCUUCAUCCAGCGAGCCAAGAAGAUUGACAAGAUCUCACGCAUCGGCUUCCCCAUGGCUUUCCUCAUCUUCAACAUUUUCUACUGGAUUAUCUACAAGAUCGUCCGCAGGGAGGACGUGCACAACCAGUGAGCAAGGUCGCCCGGAGAGGAGCGCCCAACGGGAUGAGAGGGGAGAAAGCAAUCCUCUAUACCCAUGUGCAAUAGCAAUGCAGCAAUGCAUGAAUUUAAGAA